CAGGAGUAGUCCAUAGGAAGAUUGAGUAUCCUGAUCCUGGUUUGCAGACAUGGUCCAUUGAGGUGUUAGACCCUUGGAAUAAUAGUUCGUACAAGAGGGCGUUGAAUUUAGCUGAAUCGUAUACGUUUACGUCCUACACCUGCUGUAUGUACACUCGUUCUAAUUUGAACACCCCUCCCCUCCUCAUGCAUGUUAUUGUGGGAAGGCCGCGGUUGACGAUAAUUCUGAUAGGGGCAAAUUAUUCCGGUUGACAAGGUUAGUUUCCAAUUCCCCUCGUGAUUUUAUUAUCUUGGUUUGUAAUGCCUCAGUGGGAUAAAGAUUUUUUUGUUUUGUUUUCAUCUAUGCCUUUGCUACUUGCUCAGGCAGUUUGUGGAGGAACUCAAACCGCGUACUUUAAAUGUUUGGAAAUUGAGGCAAGCGCAUCCACAUCUUAUUCCAGUUAGAGUUCUCCUGCAUCAAACAUGUUUAUCCCCUCCUAUGUAUUCAGUCUGGUGUAGGUAAUUACCAUAUUACAAUUUGAGCCUCAAUGCAGGUGAGUGCGGAGACGGAUGCAAGGAGAGACGUUCCUGGCUUUAGAGACAAGUAGUUAGUUCCCUUAUUUUCUUGGUUGUGUAUUGCUACAACGGAAUAGGACUUGUCCCCUUCUUGGCAUAGGAUUUAUCCAAGCAUAUUGCGACAAUAGCUACUAAUUUUCACGCUCCAUAUUUUUACGUAAGAUUAGCAUACAGAAAGGAAAACAAACUUGUUACUACAAAGGCGAACUCAUUUGUGUCCAUAACUUUCUCUCAAGUGAAGGGGUUCUCAAAUGGAUUUUAUCACCUAUCCUUUGCUUUUGAAUGCAGAUACCAUGCCUCAUGGAGCAUUUGUCAAGCUUAUUCUGCUUCAUCUCGACGUUAUAGGAAUCACCGAUCCUGUCUUUAUGUAUUCCAAGAACACCGCUAAACCUCCCAAUGAGACCUUGAUGUCUGCAACUGACGAGGAUGAGGAAAAUAAGGUUGAAGAUGGAUUUCUUCACUUGAUAUACACUAAUGAAGAGGAAGGAGUACCAAUUCCAGCGAAGAAAGCUGCCGCAAGGCACAAAAGUCCUUGCAGAUUCAAGAGGAGGAAGAAAAUCGGAAUGAUUCAGCUUUCAAUUCCCAUUGGUCUGUUAGACUCCUGGAACCAUGAUCAAUACAGGCGGACAGACCACCUAGACGUAGUUUAGAUGCUUGGAAAUUGAGGGAGAAGCAACCUGACCAUAUACCAGUAAGUGUUUCACUGCAUUAAAUUUGCAUAUUUCCUCCUAUGUUUGGUGGAGGCAAUACCGUGCUCUAUUUUGAGCUUCCAGUGCAGGUGAGCGUGGAGAAGGACGCAAGUAGUGACAUUCCUGGCAUUGACAUGAAGAAGUUAGCUUCCGAUUCGAUUACGCUUUGGGUAUCUUGAUUUGUAUUGCAAGAAUGGAAUAGGAUUUGACCCCC